AGAAGUAGCUAGGAAACAAGUAAAUCCACACACUCCGUAAGCAGCUUCAGUGCUUCCACCUGCUCACUAGCUAGUUCUCACGUACUUUCCCCGGAGAACAGAGUUCCCCUCCUGUAUAAUUACGGCGCGCUAAUCUCAAAUUCUCAAUACAAACAAGCAGCUAAUAACGACACUACUCCAUCAUGGGCCGCACCCUCGCCGUUCCCGUCACCACAGCGCUCAGCAUUUUCCUCCUCCUCAAUGUCAGCCCGAGCGCGGCCACACGGCCGGUGUCCACGAGGACGGCAGCGAGCUCCGGGACAUCCGCGCUGGCAGUGGCACCGUCGGCUUCCAACGGCGCGCAGCGGCAUGACGCCGACACGAUGUCCAGGGCAGGGAAGUGGCUGCCGUACCCGUACCAAUACGGGGGCGCGCACUACCCACGGUACCCGAGGUACUACACGGGGUACCCCUCCCAGGGAAAGCCGGCGAUGUGGGCGGCGCCGUCGCUGGGCGCCUACGGCGCCGGGAAGACGCCGUCGCCGUACGUGGACGUGACCCGGCAGGAGCAGGUCGCCAUGUGGGCCUCGCUGCUCAACCCGGCCCAGAGGCCCACCACCACGCCUGCUGCCUGGCUGCCGGCCGCUGGCGACGACGAGCCCGCCGCGGACCAGGCCCACGACGAGCCUAACAGGGCGUUGGACGCCGCUGCUGCCCAAGGAGCGGAAAUGGACGUGCCCGCCGGCGGCGGCGGCGUUCAGAACAAGUGGGGGGUGUACGAGGGAUCUAACAACAAUGGCAAGUGAAGCAUGGCGUUACUGCGCUAGCAGUAGCACACAGCGGAUUAAACUUCUAGAUCUCUUCUCGAAUAGAUUGGGUUCAAUGGCUGUUUGUACUGCACAGUCGAUUUUAUAGAACUUUGACUGCCGAUGUUUCAAUUUUGACAUGGAAGCAAUGUUAUUAGCCUUAUAUGUCAUCGAAAUUACU